AUGGAAAUGCAUUUCAAAUCUGGUCGAUGGAGCUUUUUGCUUGCAAUUAUAUCUACUUGUUUGUUUGCUUUUGUCGAAUCUAAGGAUUGCCCGGAGCAUACAAAACCAGCCUUCACGUUUGACCAGCUCUGGAACCUUGAGAAGGGUUUCUGGGAUUCCUUUAUCUACCCUGCAAAUCUCGAACAGGCUCAAGGAAAUUCCUCGACUGUUUUCGCACCAGAUGUACAAGGCCGUGUCGACGUCACGCGCACCUUCGAUGGCGACGAGCUAAACCGCGAAUACAUCUUCGGCCUGUUUGCAGAUCCAGAUCACGUCAGUAUCGUCGGUACCCCGAUCGGAUAUAACAUAACACAAUUCAAUGCCAACGACAACCUCGCUUUUGCGACAACUGUUAUCACCUUCAACGCAACUACUUUCGGCAUCGUCAUCCCUGUGACGAUCGAAACCUGGAUCGAGUUCAACGCCGACGGCAAGAUCGCACAGUAUGACGCAACAUUUCGCUGGUUCGACUAUCUGAUGGAAUUCCUGAUCGAAGGAGUCGCCACAAAAAUAAAUGCCACUUCGCCUGAUCAGGCUGUAGCUUAUGUUGCAGAUCUUCUAGCUACGACAAUCUGUGAUACACACGAGAAGCACUGCACAGGUGCAAACCAGCAAUAUAAGGAUACCCCUACUUGCUAUGACUAUUUGACUAAGACUGUGAGAUUUGGAAAAGGACACGAGAUGGGUCGUAACACAUUGCUAUGUCGAGAGGUUCAUGAGCAUAUGGUGCAGUACCGGCCUGAGGUGCAUUGUUCACAUAUCGGUCCCAGUGGUGGAGGAUACUGUGUUGACGAUAUGGACUACCCACAAACUGUGCUACAGAGAUAUUUCAAUGACUCUUGGAUUCCGUUUGGCUAUGGCACAGAUCAGAAUAUUUGGCUCGCCAACUGA